AUGGAAGCUUCACACCGGGCAACUUUCGAGAACAACAAAAAUGCUUUGAAGGUGUGUUUUGUGAAUGAUCCAAUUUCUCUCCGUGUCGAUGUUAUCGAGCAAGAAGAAGGAAGAAAGGGAGGCAACAAACCAUCUUCAAUUCUUCAUCAGUCGGUCUUGUAUUUGUAUGAGUGCUCGCCUUCGGGAUUCUCGCUUUUUCCUCUCGAAAUUCGGAUUACAGGAUUUCCAGAGGCAACCAUGACUGCUCUUGCAACUUCUUCCUCCUUACUAGCAAUAACAAAUCCAUCCGCCAACUUUUUAUCCUCUGGUUCCCCUUUGAAGUCGAAGAACCAGUUCCUUGUGAGCAUUAACCCCUCUACUCUGUCUGGUGAAGCAACACGUGCUACGUGUAGAAGGCCACUCAGAGUUCAAGCCAGGUUCGUUACAAUCAUCAAUGUUCCGGCUGAAUCCAACUAUGUCAGUGUGUUUGUGGCUUCACUGGCUUAUCAUCGCGUGCUGAGGUAUCAUGCUGCUAUUCAGACAUGCUUGAUGUGGAUUUGCUUCGAACCAAUCGGCGAUCCUGCCGUGGCGCUAGACGUUUUUGUGCGGAAGCCCUGGAUUAAGGAGACAAAAAGGCAGACACGGUCAAAAGAUAUAUAAAACUGUUAUGAGAUCAAACAAUCUGGAGUGGGUAUUGGAGGUUUAAUAACAGUGCCGGGUAAGAUAGCUUGGUUUGCCAAGUUCUCUGUGAAAGCCUCUACCAAUCUUAGCUCAAAUGGUGAGGAAGGGAGGAUGAUGAUACGCAAGGACAAGGAUUGAUGGAAGAUGUAAAUGAUUGAAGAGGAUUAGAGGCAAUAAUCCUGCCUUAAGUCACCUACUGGUCUUGAAGUUUUGAUGAAGACCUGCAGGGCUUUUGAGAAAGACCAGUGUCACUGUCAUUUCAAAACACUGAUCAAAGCUACUGAGUAUCAUUAUUUCAUUCUUUGUUCAUUUUAUUUCCUCCUUUUCCCUCGGAUGAGUAUCGUACUGUUGACUACUGCUCUUUUAAAUCAUUAUUUUCUUGCUUCAUUUCA